ACAGAGCAGUGAGCUGUUGUUGUGUUGUUUUGUUAUUGGUUGUAUAGGUUAAGAAAAGAAAGAGUUUUAACGUGGCUGGAAGAGCCUCAAAUAAUCACUAGAAUACUGGAAAGCCAAAUUUUUAAUGGCUAACACAAAGAGGACUUCGAGUAGGAGUACCUCCAGUGAAGAAAUGAGUGCAGACGGACAUGAAUUGUCAGACCAAGAGAAGGUUUGUAUAGUGUCAAAUUUUAUCCUUCAUUCUCCACCUGGGGAAUUCAAUGAAGUUUUUAAUGAUGUACGAGUUCUCCUCAAUGACGAUGUUCUACUAAAAGAAGGAGCUUCAGAGUCAAUUUCCGAGUACAAUAAGGACCAAUUAACACCAGUAAAAAUAGAGAAUAGUGGUUAUCAGGUUCUGAUUACAGAUUUUAAUGACAUUGGAGGUUCACGGUUUGUUGAUGCUCGCUCUAAACAAACAUUUAAGUUUGAUCAUCUAAUAAAACAUGCUAGUGACUUUGAACAUUUGGAACCAGAUCUAAUGACAGAAACAUGGAGAUUUCUGUUGGAAAAAGAGUUAGAUGAAUACAUUUUUAACCACUACAAAAAUGGUGUCUCCAGUGUUUUUGCAAAGAGGAUAGGCACAAAUAUUGUGUUGACUGCUUGUAUAGAAAACCACCAGUUUAAUGCCAACAACUAUUGGAAUGCCCGAUGGAGGUCCCAGUGGACUGUCAAUAUUAUCAACGGUUCUGCAGAAGUCAGUGGCAUUAUAAAGGUUCAAGUCCACUAUUAUGAAAAUGGAAAUGUCCAACUGGUCAGUUCAAAAGAUAUUAAAGAACUCCUUGUAGUUUCUUCUGAAGAACAGAUAGCCAAGGAUUUAGUGAAACUAAUAGAAGAAACAGAAACCAAUUAUCAGAAAGCAAUUUCUGAAAAUUACCAGACGAUGAGCGGUACGACAUUCAAGGCUCUGAGACGUCAGUUGCCCGUCACAAGAACCAAGAUCGAUUGGAACAACCUGGUUGGAUACAGCAUCGGUAGGGAGCUCAAGAGUCAGUGACAACAAUAUUCGGUAACCUCAUUAGUUCAUUUAUUAUUCCCUAUCGUUUGGACAGUAACAACUGACUACCUCAACAAUUACAUGAUUUAAGACAAACAAAAUGCUCAUUUUCAUGUUAUUUUUCAAACUCAUGCCUUUAUCGUCAAGUGUUUUAUAGUGUAAUUCAUCAGACUUUAAGACAAAGUAGCCUAGCGUAACUCAUCUAAGAGGUAUUUAAGUUAAAACUGAGCUAACUUAGGCUAUUUAAAACUUUUAAAUUACAUUCUUUCCUAUUUAACUUACCGUGACUGAUGGACUGAACCCUUAAAGACAUUUUAAGUUGACUUAUUUGAAAUAAAGUACAACGAACUGCUGUGUUUAUAUGGGUCAUUCAUUAGUGGGAGUGUUUGAAUAAAAGAUCUUUUUACCAAAGACUGUUGAAAAUGUUUAAUCUUUGGACAUUUUUGUACUUAACAUUUAUUUGAACAAUUAACUUAUAUAGCCCUGUAAUUAAGUUACCGGUACAUCACAAAGUAGAUCUAUAACUAAACCAAUGUGAACUAGCCUAUAUAAAUUACAGUUUUCAAUUAAUUUUUGUCCAUAAGUUCAACCUAAACUUCGGGUGUUGUUUCACUGUUAAGCGUUUUUUAAGAAAAGCUUCAUGGUUGUCUUUCAUGGCACCUAAUAUUCAAAUUUGUCUUUGACUGUUUCAACUUUAAGGAAUAAAAGUUGGU